AUGGAGAACCAGACACAGGUCAGUGAAUUCAUCCUCACAGGUCUAACCAGUCUCCGAGGUCUGCAGCAGUUCCUCUUUGUAAUCUUUCUGAUGCUGUACCUGGUCAGCCUAUUGGGGAACAGUGCCAUUGUGACUGUGGUAAUAGCUGAGCCUCGACUUCACACCCCCAUGUACUUCUUCCUGGGAAACCUCUCCUGCUUGGACAUCUUCUACUCCACAGUCACUGUGCCCAAGAUGUUGUCUGGCUUCCUCUCACAGUACCAGGCCAUCUCAUUUCCUGGCUGCCUGACCCAGCUCCACUUCUUCCACUUCCUGGGCAGCAGCGAGGCCAUGCUGCUGGCUGUCAUGGCCUAUGACCGCUAUGUGGCCAUCUGCAACCCUCUACGUUACACAGCGAUCAUGAACCAACGGACCUGCUUGUUGCUGGCAUCAGCCACCUGGGCCACUGGUUUUCUGCAUGCGCUGAUGCACUCUGUCAUGACCUCCAGGCUACACUUCUGUGGUCCCAACCAUAUCCAUCACUUCUUCUGUGACAUCAAGCCCUUGCUGAACUUGGCCUGCAGCAGGACACACCUCAACCUGAGACUGCUCAACAUUGUCACAGGGGGAAUUGUGAUAGGCCCCUUCAUCCUUACAGUCUUCUCCUACCUCUACAUCAUCUCCUUCCUAUUUCUGAAGGUCCAGUCAUGGGAAGGGAGGAGGAAAGCCUUCUCCACCUGUGCUUCCCACCUUACUGUGGUGGCUUUACUGUAUGUACCAGUUAUCUUUAACUAUGUACCUCCUUCCACUCACUACUCCCCUGAAUGGGACAUGAUAGCCACCCUCAUGUACAGUGUUAUUACCUCUGUCCUGAACCCUUUGAUAUAUACCCUGAGGAAUGAAGAGGUGAAAUGUUCCUUGAGGAAAGCCUUAGGAACAAAGCUUUUCCUUGUAAGGAUACCAAUAAAGCGAGUUUUUUGUCUCUGA